AACAACACGUUCAGGACUUUUCGCGAUUGGGUUCCAUAGAAGGAUGGUUCGAUGAAUUAGAAGUCGAUGCACAGUUUUAUUUGAUAAAAAUCAAGAGAUCAAAUAAAAAGUUGUGCAAAAAGAAGGAUAUUGUAUCAGUUAAUGGCGUUAUGAUAGCCACAAGAUAAGAGCUUUGGUUUUUUUAAGUCUACAGAGGCUGUGUUUUUGUUGACGUGAAAUAAUUAUGGCAGGCCGAUAUCUGUCAUACACAUGUCUGCGCUGCUGCCUUUAUGGGCUGAAUAUGAUUUAUUUGAUCUUGGCUCUAAUUAUAAUUACACUCCCAGUAUACUUCAAAGUGAAUGCAUUGCUGACAAGUUGGCCAAUAAAUGGUGGAAUCAUAGCUGCAGGUGUUUUUCUGUUGCUGGUUGCUCUUGCUGGGCUAUAUGGAUCAUGGCGGCAAAACCAGAUUAUUCUCUUUUUUUAUAUGGUAAUCCUUGUCAUUCUGUUCAUACUUCUAUUUGCAUUUUCAAUUGCUGCCUUGGGUAUUACAGCAACCCAACAAAAAAAGGUUCUUGCUACAGGAUGGUAUAAUUCUCAGACUUCAACUAAAGCCAACUUGCAAAAGUAUCUUGAUUGUUGUGGCUUUGAUAACAAAACACAAACAACUGGAAGCCUAGGACACCCACCAUGUAAUGAGCUUCCAUGUUGUAAAAAAUCUUCAGAUGCAUCAUGCCCCCAUUGUCAUACCUGUCUAAAAGUCUUGGAGGAAGAUAAUUUCAAGAGGUUCAGGCAAGCAACAGGAGGAUUUGCAUUAUUCUUCAGUUUUUCCAUGUUUCUAGGGGUAUACCUUGCCUUCAAGUUCCGCCAUUUAAGGAAUCCUACAGCAAAUCCAAAUCACUUUCUGUAGAUGAUGAAGAAUUGUAAUAGAUGACCAAUUCAUUGUGCCACUCUUGGUUCAUAUUGGUUCUCCAAAAGCUUCAAGAUAUUGACCUGGGCUGCAAUGAAGUGGACUUUUUGCAUUGCUAAAGAAAAGAACCUGUGAAUAAUUUACCUAGGACCUCCUUUUUACAGACAUGUUCCCUGUACUUAGUGAAUUUUAGUUAAUGUUCUGUAGAAAUAUCUAUUUAAGUAAAAUAAAAAUUAAUUUCCAAUGGUGUCUUGGGUUCUUAGUAAAAUGAAACAAAAUUGCAGGAAUACCCCAGUGAGGAGAGGUUGCAAAAAAGUUUGAAUCAAAUUUGUUGGUAUUUAAAGAAGGGUUUUUUGCAUUGCAACUUGGAAAAUUUACUAGCAGUACCAAUUCCUUUUAAAAAUCAACAGAAAAUCCUUUGCAUUUAAAAAUUAUUCAGAGAUAUAACAGUUAUGGAUUUUUAUACAUAAUUUACAUACACCUUUCACAUUGCUAAACCUCAUAAAACCUUUUGACGUUUUUUGUUAUAUUUUGAUUGUUGUAUGUUUUAAUAAGAUUCUUACAACAGCCCUUGAAUAUUAACUUUAGCAUGUUGUUUAGUCAAAAUUAAUUGUAAUUGAAUGCCAAAUGAUAGCAUAUGUUGCCUUCUUUGUUAAAA